AUGGGACAAAAGGCUACUAAUGGAUCCAAGAGGCAAAAGAUCGAACGUGAACAGUCCACAGUAGAAGCACCCAGUAACUUGCUUCCUCACUUUUCAAGCCCACACUACCCAAGCUCUAACAGUGAUAAGAAGAAGAUUCCUCAAUCAUUACUACCAGAGCUUAAUGAAUUACAAAAGCUGAACUCUUCCCAUGCAGUUGAAGUUGAAGCAUGUAAGAGCAUUGUACAUAUUUUUACCAGAGACUUCAGAAUUAAUGAUAAUAUUUCACUUUCUGAAGCUAGCCAAAGAGCCACAGAACUUGGCAAGCCGUUGAUUUGCAUAUAUGUUGACUACCCACAGCUCGACAGAGUACACUCCGUCAGUGGCUGGCAACGUGAGUACAGAAAACAAGCAUUGUUGAAAUUACAAACUGUGUUGGAAACUGAGUACCUGAUCCCACUCUAUUUCUCUUCGUGUGAAGAUACUAGUAAACCUAAAAUUUUGGAACAUCUUCUAUCUGUCUUGGCAAAGGUAGAGAGUACCAUCGUGUAUUCCAAUAUUCUAUAUGAAAUAGAUGAAUUGAAAUUGUGCUUACACAUGCUAAAGGAGUUGCCUAAACAUGGAAUAUCUUUUAAUACGUUUCAUGACUUCUGCGUGAUUGGACCUGACAACAUUAGGACCAAGAAAGAUAGUCCAUACUCAGUAUUUACUCCCUGGUAUAAGAGCUGGUUAAAGUACUUAAAUGAGAACAAGACCGAGAUCCUAAGACAUGUUAAGGUAAAUAAGUCACCCAAGAAUGAAAAUGUCGAUCCACUAUGUAAGAAAUUCUUCAACUCAACCUUUGAAGAGAAAGCAAUCAAACAAGAAGUAGACGUCGAUUACACUCAGCAAAGAAAGAAUUUCAACAAGUACUGGAAUGCUGGAGAAGAAAGUGCAAUGAAAGACUUGGAUAGCUUUAUUAAAUCAAGGAAGAUCAGCUCCUACGGUAAAAAUAGAGAUUCGGUAGAACCAAUUGAAACUUCUCAGCUCAGUCUUCACAUUUCAUCGGGAACUAUAUCAGUUCGAACCAUUCUAAGGAGACUUCAAUCCAAAAUUCCAAAAUUAUUUGUUUUUGAUCAUAAGGGAAACGAAGGUGAAUCUUCUUGGAUUCGUCAGUUAGCAUGGAGAGAUUUCUAUACUCAUAUACUUUGCCACUGGCCCUAUGUUUGUACAUACCUUCCUUUCCAGACGGAUUUCGCAUCCAUUCAAUGGGAAUACAACAAGGACCACUUCAUGAAGUGGUGUAAGGGUGAUACAGGCUACCCUUUCGUGGAUGCAGCAAUGCGUCAAUUGAACCAAACUGGGUAUAUGCAUAACAGAUGUAGGAUGGUUGUUGCGAGCUUUCUUUCGAAGCAUUUACUUAUAGAUUGGAGAUUUGGAGAGAGAUACUUUUUAGAGCAUCUAGUUGAUGGAGAUUUUGCAUCCAACAAUGGAGGUUGGGGUUUUAGCUCCAGCGUAGGUGUCGAUCCCCAGCCUUACUUUCGUGUAUUCAACCCUUGGACUCAGUCGGAAAAGUUUGGUGCUAAUGGUGAAUACAUUAGGAAAUGGGUUCCAGAGCUCAGACACAUAAAGGACAAAUCGAUUCAUAAUCCAUACGCAUCCCAUGAAAGCGUGGAUGGCUACCCUAGACCUAUAGUCGAUCACAAGGCAAGCCGAGAGAGAGCGUUACAGAGAUACAAGCAAGCAAAAUACGAUGAAGCUUAA